GACCGGACAGGGGGGCUGGCUUUGAAGGCGGAGUUUUUCUUCUUGAAGAAAACAGAGUUCAAGAGGGGUUUUUUCUCUCUGAGAAAGUCAGAGAUUUUAAAGGUCUUCACGUGCAAAGAGGAGGGAAAAGAGCAGGAGGUGGUCCUCUCUUUCUGUAGAGCCUGCCAUCAUGGCUCGGUACCUGAAGUAUUUCACCACUGUGGGCGAUGACCAGCCAGUCCAUUUGGAAGAGGAGGAGCUGCACGAGGACAGUGAGGUUCUGAGUCCGGCCACUGGCAUGUACCCAACAACCCUGACCUUCAGGGGAGCUCUGAAGAGGCUGUACAGCUCCGACCGCUUCCAGGUGGUGGUGGUGUGUUUGAUAAUUUUGGAUGCCUUUUUUGUCCUGGCGGAGCUGCUUAUAGAUCUGUCUGUUAUCAAGCUGGAGCAUGGACACAUUGCUCCUGAGAUAUUUCACUACCUGAGCCUGGCUCUCCUCACCUUCUUCAUGGUGGAGCUGGCUGGUAAGCUGUACGCGUUCCGCCUGGAGUUCUUUGAUCACAAGUUUGAGGUGUUUGAUGGUUUUGUGGUGGUGAUUUCCUUUGUGUUGGACGUCGUCUUCAUCUUCCAUGAGGAUGCCUUUGAUGGGAUGGGUCUCCUCAUCCUGCUGCGACUCUGGAGGGUGGCCAGGAUUAUCAACGGUAUCCUUGUGUCAGUGAAGACCCGAGCUCACCAGCAGCUCCACAAGCUGAAGGAGAGCUACGACCGCCUGGUUCAGAGAGUCACAGAGCUGCAGGAGCACAAUGAUAAACUGGAAAAAGAGAACCAGAAGCUUCAAGCUCUGCUGAAGAAACAUGGAAUAGACUUCUGACUCACUGAGAGAACCAAGCUACUGUUCAGUGUCAUUUCUGUCAUCACCAGUUUUUAUUUCUAAUGAUACAGUCCAUGAUGUACUUUAAUCUUAGACCUGAUCUGAAUAUUCAUAUUCAUUCAUUCAACUAGUGCACAGACCUGUAACUCACGAUAAUUCACCUGUAGAGAAAUCUUGUCAUGGUGGUGGAAAGAAGUUUCUUCUUGUUGAUCCGGUGUCAGAUAUUCAGAUGAAGCUGGAUAUCGCUGCAUAAAGCUAAAAGGCCAU